GCUGCAAGAUGGCGGCGGCGGGAAGCGAGGCGCCGUUCGGCGGGCGGGCAGCGUAGGGCUGCGGCUGGGCCCUGCCGCGCGUUCCGCCUCCCGCGGCGCCCUGCAUGGAGCGCGGCGGCAGCCAGCUGGACCCUGGCUUCUCGCAGCAGGACACGCCCCGCCUGAUCGUGGAGGACUCGCAGCCCGAGGGCGCAGGCGCGGAGGAGGACGCGGAGCAGGCCUGCCUCGGCGUGCUGGCCCGCCGACUGCCGGCCCGGUGGAGUCCGAGCCCCGUGCUGGAGAUCGUCUCCGGUCCUGCUGGCAGCCGGGCACCCGCGGGUGGCGGGGCAGCCCGGGAGCGACCCGCAGAGCCGAUGGAGAGCCCAGACCGUGCGGACGCCGCCGGCCCGCAGGACCGCGUCGCCGAGGAGGUGCCGCCGCCCGGCGGGGAGAGCAGUGCCCUUGAAAAGGCUGGAGAAAGAGGCGAAGGUGAUGUUGGGGACUGUACUGCUUCACCGUGCGUGGAAGAUACAGGCAUGUCACAGCUACAUUUUGGAGCUCUAGAGCUCUCACAGAGCCAGGACUUUGAGAGUGACUUCGUGCCCAGUGUAGGAGAUGCUAGGCAUCAGUUUCACCUUGGAUCUGCUGACCCUUCUUCCAGACUUGUGAAGGACGAUACUAAAGAUGAACUGCGUGGGGACAGCAUGGAAACUGUCUCCAGCACAGAAGCACAUACAGCUUUGGAAGGCCAGCCAGACAAGUCUGAAAGAAGUCUGCAGGAAGCAGAAGAGCAUACCAGGAAACAAAUGCCUGUCUGUGACCCCACUAGAACUGAGAAAUCCCUUGAUUCUGGUCACGAGGAGUCAGAUAUCUUGUCAACUCAGGAAGAGAUGUUUACUGAGAAUAAUGCAACAGCAGGGAGUGGCUGUCCGAUAACCAGGGUGGAAGAGGGAAGUUCUCUGGCGUGUACCCCUGCCCGCAGUCUCCAACUCCUGCAGCUCUCUGGACAGGUGUCCCUUGUACAGGAGAGUCAUUCAACUGUCUCUUCAGGCCUAGUUAUUCCUCCUCCUGUUGCCUUUGGAUCCAAUGCUCUUGUCCCUAGCAGUCCAACUGAACAGGAGCAAGCAAAAGCAGAGGAACAGAUGGAUGUAUUUAUCCCUGCAGAAGGAGGAGACCUGACACAGAAGCAGAGGGAUAUGCUAGAGGAGAAGACCAUCUCAUGUAUCCCACCAGGACCUCCUGUCCUGCCACAGGCUUCAACUCCAGUGUCCCAGAGUGCCCCAACCUUCUUUCCUGGAUCUUUACCUAUACCAUCGCAACCAGAGUUCUCUCAUGAUAUCUUUCUUCCAACUCAGAGCCCAGAGAAGAAGCAUGAAGGAGAAGCAAAAGCCGCUGCUUUAGCCCAUUUAUGCUUACCAGGAGAUCUCUCUGCACCCACAGAUGCUUUGUCUACAGGUGACUCUGUGUCACACCCUUCUGAGUCCUGUAAGCUGAUGCUUUCUGCAAGUGAAUGUAGCCAGCCCACAAAUAUAGAGGUCAGUUCAGGCUCUCUGAACACGAGCCAAGACAGCGAAAGCACACAGGUAGAGAUGAUUUCUGAAUGCAAGGCCUCAGACUCGAGACGCUGUUCUGUGGCAAAUGACAACAUAAAACUGAGGCUGGAUGCAGGUGAUCAAGCGCUCUCUGAAAACUGUGAAAAAGCAAAAAAGGAGGAUUUACAGACUGCAGGAAAACCUGUAAUGCAGUUAGUUAGUGCAGAUGUAGCAGGAGAUGGGUCAUUAGCCCCUACAGCUCAUCAGGAGAUCGAGUGUAUUUCUGGAAGUCAGGCUGCUGCAGAUCAGUCUAGUGUGCCUGCGAUUUUGUCAUAUGCUCAGGGUAGAGAAGCGCAGUCUGACGAUUAUCCACUGGGAGAGACUUCCGAACCUGAAGCGGUUCCUGAGACUCAAUGUGAAGAACAAGAAGAAAAACUGCAAGUAAAAGAGAAACAAAUAAGUGAAGAUGAGUCCCAUGGUAACGUAAUGCUUUCUCAGAGAUUUAUUCUUGAAAGAGAAGUACAGUGUCAUGAAGAUAUGGAAGUGGAAUUUGCUGAUCGUUCUUGUAAACAUAGUAAAAAUUUGUCUGAUCAGACCCAAGAAUUAGAGAAGAUUGUACCAGAAAGACAGGGAAAAGAAACAUUAAAAGGUUGUACCUUUGGCACUGGAGAGACAAAAAACAUGGAUAAACUGUCCUUUAAGGCUGCUUCAGAAAACAUGCCAAAGCUCAAUAAAGUUUUAUCUAAUUCUUCUGUAGGGGAGUUACCGGAACAGCACAACAAUUUGUUUCCUAAGUUACAGAGUGAUGUUCCAUUGAAAGUGGCGUUGUGUGCCAAAAAACAUCCUGGUUGUUCAGAACUAGGAGACAUAAUGACACUGGGGAAUCAGCCACCACCUCAGGAGAGAGUGGCUGACAUGCUGAUGACUCAGCAGGAGAAUCGGGUGCCAAAGCAUACAGUCGAUACUGUUACGACAAGGAAUCUCGAACAAGAAGAGCAGAUGCAGCCACAGGAGAAAGCAACUGCUAAAUCCCCCAGUCCUUCCAGUGGAACUCCGUUUCAUUUUACUUUGCCGAAGGAGGGUGAUGUCAUUCAGCCCUUGACCAGCAUAACACCACCUCUUAUUGGCCAGCUUAAAAUGGGACCCAGAAGACACAGCACACCGAUUGUGGAUGACAGUUGCCCAGACAGCACUAUAGCAACUAGUGACGUUACAGCAGAGGGUACAAUGGGGACCAACAAUGUCACCAUGGAAAGUGCAGAGGUAUCAGCAGAUGUGUCAGAAGUGAGUGAGAAGGGAGAUUCUCGUGUGGCUGCUGAGGCUGAUGCAAAACUCUCUCUGCGAAUGAACCUUGUUACCCCUGUGAAUGAUGGGAGCGAGGAGUCCCUGCCGUUCAGCUUGGAAAAGCCUAUAGCCAGUGACAGAAAAGAUGGAACCUCUGCUUCUGCUGGAGCUGCUGCCAGCUCCCAGAAAGCACCAUCUGUGUUUAGUCGUGUCUGUGAAGUUCGUCGAGAGGAUGAGGCCAGAGGUCAUGGUCUUUCCACUUCUCCAUUUAGGGGGAAUCUGUUCAGUUUUCCUGGCACACAAGAAGAUGCUGAAUUACAUGAAAGUCCCAGCAGUUGGCAGUACCAGCAACACAAGGCAGAUGACAGUGGUGGACCGGUCCUAAUUCCUCAGAGGAUGGAGCAGGACUGCGAUCAACAAUCUUCAGGUGCAGAGGAAGGGGAGUCUGUGGAGACUGGUAUUGUAAGCACUCAGACAGAAGAAGGGAGAAGAAUGCAGAAGAAACCAAGUAAGGCUGUUAAAAUUGAUGAAAGCCAAGAGAGGUGGGCAAACACCAAGAAUAAAGGAAUUCAAACUACAGCAGACUGUCUUUUUACCCCAACAACUGUUACAAUAGCAACACAAACAUCAGAAGAAAUCUGUAGGCACGUGGAAAUGGGAACCAGUAUGUCUGGGCAAAGACCUGGGCGUCAAGAUGCGAAUGUCCAAACUGAGGAGAGUGGAAAAAAGCUUGUGCAUGCCUCUGGAGAGGAGACGGACUCUCUGCACAGUCAGGGAGAGGAGGAGUUUAACCUUCUUCACCCACCCAGAGGCCAAGUUCAGCAUCGCCACAUGCGAACGAUUCGAGAAGUGCGCACUGUUGUUACGCGUGUUAUAACAGAUGUUUACUACAUAAAUGGUGCAGAGGUGGAACGGAAGGUAGUUGAGGAAAAUGAGGAGCCUGUAGUGGAGUCCCAGGAGUGUGAGACUGACACGUCCUCCUCUAGAACUGCAGUGGGCUCAUCGCUGACCUCAGGGGACCUUGGUGAUGUCAGCUCCUUCUCAUCUAAGGCCUCAAGCCUCCACCGUACAUCCAGUGGAGCAAGCAGUGGUCAUUCUGCCACACACAGCACCAGCAGCUGCUCAGGGCGAGGAACUGGAGCUGUCAAAGGGAAAGUGUGUGGGACAGAAACUGGAGAGUUUGCUUUACCCAUUGGCAGAGGUGUCUUAGGAAAAUUAAGCCCUAGGAAAGGAGCUGGUCAGCCAGCAUCUCCACUCAGAGUUAGCCAGACAGGAGCACUGCCUUGUGAGGAAGAAGAGGACGCUAUGCCUGGCACUCGUCAGGGUGGCAGGGCACCUGUGACACCUCGUGGGCGAGGAAGAAGAGGCCGCCCACCAUCUCGAACAACAGGAACAAGAGAUUUAGCUGGGCUGCCAGGUGUGGAGGAUCUCUCAACUACAGCAUCACCUGAGGAGAAAUCGUUUGCUCGUUCCAUUCACCUGCCAGAUGGAGGGGAGAAACCUGACACUUCUGGCUUCUGUGCCUUACGUCGCAGUGACUCUCCAGAAAUCCCAUUGCAAGUGGUGACUGGCCCUUUGGACUGUGCAGACUCAUCCUCUGGGAGCAGCUUUGUGGGCCUCAGGGUUGUAGCAAAGUGGUCCUCAAAUGGGUACUUCUAUUCUGGGAUGAUUACCCAAGAUGUUGGGGCAGGAAAGUACAAGCUGCUCUUUGAUGAUGGUUAUGAAUGUGAUGUGCUAGGAAGAGACAUUUUACUCUGUGAUCCUAUCCCACUGGAGACUGAGGUGACCGCUCUCUCAGAGGAUGAGUAUUUUAGUGCAGGUGUGGUGAAGGGGCACCGGAAAGAGUCUGGAGAGCUAUACUAUUGCAUUGAAAAGGAAGGCCAGAGGAAGUGGUACAAACGAAUGGCUGUUAUCCUGUCUCUGGAACAAGGAAAUAAGCUCCGGGAGCAGUUUGGGCUAGGUCCUUAUGAACCUGUCACCCCCCUGACCAAAGCAGCCGACAUCAGUCUCGAUAACCUUGUGGAGGGGAAGCGGAAGCGACGUAGUAACCUCGGUUCUCCCAGCACUUCCAGCAGCAGCACAACUCCCACUCGUAAAGGGCAGGAGAGUCCACGCAUCCCACCAGGCACACUAUCUGGGAAAAGGAAACUUGUUGCUUCUGAAGAUGAGAGAUCCCCAGCUAAACGUGGCCGCAAGUCAGCAAUGAUAAAGCCUGGGGCUGUGAGAGCUGGAGAGUUUGUAAGCACCUGUGAAGGUGUAGAUGCUGUAGAUCCCCCAGUACUGGAGGACCAUCAUGGACCCUUGCCCCACAAUAAGACCCUCUUUUUGGGCUAUGCCUUUCUCCUCACCAUGGCAACACCCAGUGACAAAUUGGUCAAUCACCAGAAGCCAUCAGAUGGCCCCACAGGGAGUAGUGAGGAGGAAGAAGAAUUUUUAGAGAUGACUCCAUAUGACAAACAUUACAUAGCACAGCAGCUGCGAGCAGGAGCUGGGUAUAUCCUGAAUGACUUCAAUGAAACCCAGUGUAAUGCAGCGUAUCAGUGUCUUUUAAUUGCGGACCAGCAUUGUCGAACUCGGAAAUACUUGCUGUGCCUUGCCAGAGGGAUCCCUUGUGUGUCUCAUAUCUGGGUCCAUGAUAGCUGUCAUGCUAACCAGCUUCAAAAUUAUCGGAAUUACCUUUUACCAGCUGGUUAUAGCCUCCAGGAGCAAAAAUUGUUAGAAUGGCACCCACGAGAAAACCCGUUCCAUAACCUGAAGGUUCUCCUGGUGUCAGACCAGCAGCAGAACUUCCUGGAUCUGUGGUCUGAAAUCCUUAUGACAGGGGGAGCAGCAUCUGUUAAACAGCAUUACUCAAAUGCUCACAAAAAAGAUAUUGCUUUGGGUGUUUAUGACGUGGUGGUGACUGAUUUUUCCUGCCCAGCUGGUGUCUUGAAGUGUGCAGAAGCUUUACGGCUGCCUGUUGUCUCGCAAGAGUGGGUGAUCCAGAGCCUUAUUGCUGGGGAGAGAGUAGGCUACAAGCAUCCAAAAUAUAAACAUGACUAUGUCCCCCACUAAAUGAAAACUUUGCCCUGCUGUCCCACUAUUGUGCAGACUGUGUUUUAAUCAGGUUUUAAAUGUUUGUGUAAUUGGACAGUGUGCAUGGAUUACUGUAUAUAGUUUUAUCUGCAGGACUUUUAUGAUGAAAUAAAUGUUCAAUCUCUUGUGGUA